AUGUGUAGUUUGAUUUGGGGUAGAGGAGUCAAAAAGAGUCGUAGCGUGAGAAUAAAGGGCCAGACAUUAACAAUAGAGGGGCAUAAUGGAGAGGAGGAUGUUAUGGGAAAGGUAACAUGGUUGCCGGUUCAAGAAUUAAUUAAUGGAUGGACAGAGAGUGAAGUGGAUAAAUUAAUAAGUAAGCCUGAUGGGAGGGAAGUAUAUAGUGAUAAAAGGUUGGGACCUUUUAGGGGACCUAGAGAUGAUUCUCAGGGGCGUAGAGGGGAAAUAAGACACAGUUUUGAUUCGAGAGUGAGGGGAAGAAUGAAUUGUUAUAAUUGUGGAAGACAAGGACAUAUGGUCAGAGAUUUUAGGGAGGCAAAGUGUUUCGAAUGUGGUAUAUUUGGUCAUAUAACCCCUUAUUGUCCAGGAAAACAAGAGAAAUUACGAUGCGCGGGUUGCGGAAGAUUUGGUCACAAUAAGGAAGAAUGUAAUACGGGAAAUUAUAAUACUCGGGGAGGUUUUCCCCAGAGAGUAAUGGGACCAAAUACUUCAACUGUGCGAACCAUUGAGGAUGCCAGAGUUGGGGGAAGAGGAGUAUUUCCGGAGGGAGUUGAAGAUCAAACCGUGGAAUGUUUUCGAUGUCGAGAAAGGGGACAUGUGGCAAGGGAUUGUGCUAAUUUGUGA